UCUUGUGCAUAGAAAUGUUUCGAAAAUGCACGAAAGUGAAGAAGCGUCGAAAGGACACUGAAUGUUAUAGAUUUUUGCUUGCCAGACUGACGCAAACUAUUUGAUAACAUGCAAAAAUAUGAGAAAUUAGAAAAAAUUGGGGAAGGAACUUAUGGAACAGUGUUCAAAGCCAAAAACAGAGAAACACAUGAGGUUGUUGCCCUCAAGAGAGUUCGUCUAGAUGAUGAUGACGAGGGGGUUCCAAGUUCUGCCCUGAGAGAAAUUUGUCUUCUGAAGGAGCUGAAACACAAGAACAUAGUGAGACUACACGACGUACUACACAGUGAAAAGAAACUUACCUUGGUGUUUGAAUAUUGUGACCAGGACCUGAAGAAAUACUUUGACAGCUGUAAUGGAGAGAUCGAUCAGGAUACUGUACAGUCCUUCCUGUACCAGUUACUGAGAGGGCUGGCCUUCUGUCACAGUAACAAUGUCCUACACCGAGACCUGAAGCCCCAGAACCUCCUCAUCAACAAGAAUGGGGAGCUGAAAUUAGCAGACUUUGGUCUCGCCAGAGCGUUUGGCAUCCCUGUGCGGUUCUACAGUGCUGAGGUAGUGACGCUAUGGUACCGCCCACCAGAUGUCUUGUUUGGUGCCAAGAUGUACUCCACAUCAAUAGACAUGUGGUCAGCCGGAUGUAUAUUUGCUGAAUUGGCUAAUGCAGGACGACCACUUUUUCCAGGAAAUGAUGUAGAUGACCAACUGAAGAGGAUCUUCAAACUUCUGGGCACUCCCACUGAGGAAACGUGGCCUAACAUAACACAACUACCAGAUUACAAGCCUUUCCAGUUAUAUCACGUGAAUACCACUUGGCAACAAGUGGUGCCAAAUCUCAACACAAGGGGGAGAGAACUCUUACAGAGACUGUUGGUGUGUAAUCCCCCGAUGAGGAUCUCGGCAGAGGAAGGAAUGCAGCAUUCAUACUUCAGUGAUCUCAAUCCAGGAAUCAAGCUCUCUUACGACAACAGUAUUGGGGUACAGACCCGGUGAAACUCGGGAAUCAAGCUCUGCUACAAUACAAAGUAUCAGACUUCAUGUAGAAUAACGGUGUCCAGAUAAUACUCUGAGAGUGAUCCAAGAUCAACUGGCUUAUGGUCAGUUCUCCCAAUACAGCAAAUAAUUACCACAAAAGACAUGUCCACAAUUCAAUGUAAUCCGUCGUAAGUCACUGUAGUCUGCAGUAGGGCUUCCCUCUGUGUUCCCUUGACAUGCCUUGAGUUUGUUGUCAUAUAUCUGUAUGUGAUGCACAUUAUAUACGUAUUGUCACAGUAGUUCAACUCUAGUCACUUGUUACCGACUCAUUUAGAGUGAGUUGGCCUUGAGCUCUGUGGAUAGAUCUCCAUACAAUAAACGUAGAUUCUGUUAUUCCUUGUCGCACAUUAAAUCCCAUUAUCAGAUGUCGAUUAUUGUCAUUAUCAUGAAGUAAUCAAUAUUUUCAUUUAUUGAGCAAUAGAUAUAAAGAAGAUAAAAAUGUUCGCCCAAAAAAAGAAAAGAUAAAAAAUAAAGACUGAUGGAAUGGAGAUUUUUUCUCACUUUCAACAAAUAGUCAUGAAAAAAAUAUUUAAGCAUUCUUAAAUUAUAUUGAAAACAAACAUGUUUUGGCACUUUCGCAUUAUAUCAUAUUAUCAGAUUUUAACAGGUUUGCUCGAUGAGGAAUUGGAACAUCCACAAUAUUUGCCAUAGAAUGCAAUAAAAACUAAUUAUCACAAUAAUUCACCAAGCUCUAAGUGCAAGAGGUGCUAAAUAAAUUUUGAUCAUAUGUAUUUUUCUACGGUAAAAAUAACAUUUACACAUUGUUAAGACAGGAUCAUUGCUAGCCUUUGUCCUUCCUCUUCCUACUUUCCUUUUCUCAGUGUUUCUUCUGUGUUGAAAAUGAUUUCACUGCUUUUGUGAGCAUGAUGUCUUAAUAUAUGGAAGAAUGACCUUAUACUAUACAAGGCAGGAUGAGAUCAUGUCCUAAGAAUGACCUUGAAUUCUUAUCAGUUCAUGGUCAGUCUUAGGACCUUGAACUGAUAAAACAGGAUAAGAUUCAGUCCUAAGAAUAUCUGGUAUGACAAUUGAAGAUCCUGGUUACCAUUUUAAAAUGUACUAGUACUGAUAUUGAGUUGUUCUGAAGUGCAGUAUCAAGGUUGUCAAUGUAUAACUUUAAGUAUUUUUUCAGCUAUAAAGACUCAUAAAAAGAGUUUCAUUAUUUAAAAAAAAAUGUCUUCAAGUUCCUGUGUGAGGAUUUUCACAGCAAUCAUUACUAAUUCCCAUAAAAAUGUUAAAAAAAUUCACUUUAAAUCAAAGUAUCUUGUGAUAUUGCUGAAUGUAACAUUUUUGUUUUUUGAAACUGUUUUUUCUUCAAUAUUUUACGCAGUUUAGCUGUUAUAAAAUGAGAUUACCUUAUGUAUCAUUAUACCAUCGUUUCAUGUUUUCUAACACAUCGCACCUUUACAGACUUGUGUCUGAAAUUAAUGCUGACCUCUCUUUACUGGACCCUAAAGCUGCCUCUGGACACUUUGAAAUGAAACAAUACACAAAAAUACCAAUACAAAUAAAAAAUCGUAAAGUUUCAUACAUCCACCUGAUUUUAUUUUACACAAACGCUACAUGUUUUCUUCACAGAAAAUCACUGUUAAAUAAAAUCACACCAUGAAGGGGAGAUGUUAUUGAUAGAUAAUUGUGAGAUGAGAUUUCUGUUUUAACAGAUGAAAGUGAGAUGAUAUAUUUGUUUUAAUAGAUGAUCGUGAGAUGAGAUACAUUCUAUGUAUUUCUGUUUUAUUAGAUGAUCAUGCGAUGAGAAAUUUCUUUUGUUAAGUAUGAAUAUUUAAUAAAUGGGCGACAUCUCCUGUUUUCCAUAUUGUGCUAUAAAAACUGGAUAUAUGGUCUCCUAUACCCAAUGCUGAUGUUGGAAAUUUGAUGGGAGCUCCCAGUAAAAUAGCACAAAUUGUUAUGUAUACCAGGAUAUGAUUGUAGGGGAAUUAAACAUAUUUUAUUUAGAUAGUCAUCACGCACACGAAGUACUGAAAUGGGGCAGAAUGUAUUCAUGGCUUCAGAAUGUGUAUUAUAUGAAUGCAUUGCGUGAAGUUUGUACAAAAGAUACAAGUGGAUGAAUUUGUUACACUAUUGUUAAAGAAUGUGUCAUGGACAAUUUAGUAAUGUAAGAGUAAAUUUUUGUAUGUGAAUUUUAAAGUCUUUGUGAGGUGAAGAUUAAUACAAUGUAUAAACAUUUUAUCAUAACAUUUAAUAUAUGGUUUGUACUGAUUUUAAAACUAAGAUUUGCCACUCAAAGUGAUGUUACUGUAUAUUAACAAUGGUACCUUACAGAACGAUGAUUUCCUGUGUAUCUAUUUAAUAUGAUGAUCUUUUUAUAAUUAGUCACAGGCUAGCAGACACUUUACCGUGGCCCAUUCUGUUCCAAUGCUACCAGUUUUGAAAAAGCAAGAAAAAGUAGUUGUUUUCAAAGUAGAAUCAGUACUUUCAAAAUUGAGCCAUUCCAAGCAUUUUUCUGAUUGGUAGUCUUGCUAUGAUCUGAAAACAACUAUUGAUGAAAUAUUGAUUCAAUAUUAUCUCUAAAUAAUACACAAAUUACAAAUUUAUUGUAUAUUGUAGAUGAACCUUUUCAUGUUGAUUUGUUAGCCCCCACAGGGACCUGUUGGGGGUGGUUGGGGGGUUGGGAGGGGCUAUAAUUUGUGUUGUGUUCGUUAAUUUCCCGUGUUUUUGUCCAGCCUUCUUCACUUUAAUUACCUGUUGUGUUUGUCCAUCCUUCUGCCAUUUUGACCUUUGACCUACAUCAAGAAAAUGUUUGUCUGGGCUCUAUCUCCUACAUUACUUGUCACUGGAAAUAAAUACUUGAGGUAUUGGUUCACCUUAUUUAUUACAAAUUUAUCAUCUCCUUGCAUUCGUGACAUACUAUUUUGCUUGGAUGGGGAGAUUGUAAUUCACAGAAUUAUCUUAUUGUACUGCACAUAUACCUUACUUGUUGUAUAUUAUUUGCUCAAGAUGUGAAUGUACCAGUCGGCUGGUAAAAGUAAAAGUAAAAGGCCAGGAAAAUACUGGACCUCCAAAGCACAGAGAUUUGGCACAAGUUCUCAACUCUGCUGUCCAUUUACAUGUAUGUUUUAAAAUACAUUUGAUAUGUACUUACAUAGACUGAUGGAUCUGGAUGUUGUGCUAAGUUCCUGUAUUACCAUGUAACACUCCGAGGUGAGAGAAGUUAUUGAUAGAAGGAAAUCGAGAGUUAAAACUUUAUUGGAACAAAGGGUUUUCACUUAAAAAAAAAAAUAGUGUUCCAUUUCACAUUUAUAUUACGAUCUCAUAUUCAGCAUUUUGCAGUAUUUGCUUUUAGAAGGCCAUUGCAAUAAAAGAUCUGUAACUAUUAGGAUACAUGCGUUGAGUGAAGCUACCACAAAUAAAACUUGUGCUUGUCAAGUUGUCACCUGCAGCUUUUUAUUUGAAGGAUAGUUAAUGCUUAAUUUCCGUGUUUUCUAGUUUUCAAAAUUACAUAACUUAAUUUUUCCUUAAUUUUGAAUUCAAAAGCUACACAAUUCCAAACAUAUGUACAUGUCUUAUCAUUGUUUUGGGUACAAAAUCCCAUAUGUUUAUUACAAGUGAAAAUAAAUUCAGACAUAUCAUGGCAAAAUUUUUUGAAACGUCCACCGACAACAGAUUAUGAGUUACUCUGUUUAGUAAUGAAAGUACCUCUACAUCUCAUGUUGUGUUUGUAUUGUCAUCUCUGAUUAUUUGUGAUUGUUUUAUUGUAAUAAAAUUAAGUAUGAACAUGUGAAGAUAAA